CGGUUGGUCCUGGCAUGGAUCGCCUUCUGUGUUAUCACUCCUCUAUGCAUGGGGCAAGCACCGGCAGUGACAGAUAUUGAUGAAUGUGUCACUGGAAGCCAUGUUUGCCAUGCCAACAGUACAUGUCAGAACACAAUUGGCUCAUACAAUUGCUCUUGUCAUUCUGGAUUCACUGGCGAUGGAAAAAACUGUACAGAUAUCAACGAGUGUCUUCUGCCCUCACCACCCUGUGACUAUAAAAGGUGCAUCAAUGAGAUGGGAAACUAUACAUGCUGCCAACUCGGGUAUAGAGCCAAUAGGACAAUUCCAGGGAUCGAAGAAUGUACAAUACAAGCAUGCCCGAAACCGGGGAAUUUUUUUGAUGGCACCGUCACUGACAUAACCAAUAUUUUGAAGAAUUUGACCUGCAAACCAGGAUUGGUCUGGCCAGGAUUGAAGCCGGGCGUACCUGCGCCCCACUACUGCGACGGUCAAAGCAUCUGGCCUUCUUGCGCUGAUGCUGAUGAAUGUAACUUGAACAUUCAUAAAUGCAAUGGAAUGGCAAUGUGUGUAAACACAUACCGAUCAUACCAGUGCACAUGCCCAUCAGCGUUUCGCAGUAAUGGAACUGACUGUGAAGAUGUUGAUGAAUGUAGCUUGGAGCUUCAUGGUUGCACUGGUCUGGCAACAUGUGAAAACAUGGUUGGUUCUUUCCUCUGCAAAUGCCCACCGGGGCUUAAGAAAAAUGGCACUGGCUGUCGAGAACUGAACGAAUGCGAAAAACGGAAUUUUACAUGCAGCAGUGAUGCUCACUGUACUAAUGAGAGUGGGACAUUCUCAUGUGUUUGCAAGCCUGGAUUUACUGGAGAAGGAAUUUCCUGUACAGAUAUUGAUGAAUGCGCUAGGCCCACGAGCGGCAACUGCAGCCUGGCAUCAACGUCAUGCUUCAACACUCCCGGCUCCUUCGCGUGCUGUAGUCCUGGCUACCAACCAUUCCAAUCAGCUUGCGCCAAAGAGUACGUAGACAAUCUUCUGAUACUUGAUCCAGUCAAUUAUCCGGCAAUGAAUUUUUCCAGGGCCGCUUCAUUAUGUUCUCAGCUAGGGUUAGCGAUACCAAGUAGAACGGAGGAAAAAGAUCUGAUUGUCCAGGCAGCCAGAGAUUCGAUAAUCAGUGACUUUGUGUGGUUCCGGAUGUUUGCCGAGCCAAAAGGGCUGAGAAAGGUAUUCCAUGCCCAAGCUACUGCGUCCCGCGAAGAUUUGCAUAAUGUUGCCUGUGCAAGAUAUACUGGAUGCGCAUUUGGUUGUGGCCAGAAUGAACACUGCUCCAAGGACGGGUCGUGUGAAUGUACUUUGCCCUACUAUAGAGCUGAGAGGCGGUUGUGCCAACGUUCAUUCCACAAUCCAGAUCAUUGUGUGAACACUACGCUACGCAUUCCACCGGGCUAUUUCUUUGAGCCGGUGACGUUAUCGGACGCCCAGAACAUGUGCCGGGCGUCCGGAAUGGAAUUGCCCACGACGAGAUUGCUAUAUGGAAACCAUGUUGUGGCUGUUUGCCUCUACCUCAUGGUGCAGAAAUACAAGUUUGCAAUUUCCAGCGAGCCCUCCGCCACAUCGACCGGUGUUUUCAUACACACCACGCACGCCACCUCCGGUGACAUUUUUACUAGUUACUACCACACCGGCACAUGGAACUUGCUUAAUACACGAUCUUCGCACCACCGUGUUAUCUGCGCAGAGUAUACGUAUUGUGACCCGCCGGCUCCAGAGUCAAACAAGCGAAAUUUCGCGUACGUCAAUGGUAGUUACUCUCGCGGCACAGCAGAAUGCAACAGUGGUUACAGUUUACAAGGCGACUUGCCAAUGAGGUGUCAGGGUGGCAACCGAUGGAGUACAGUGUGUGUAGAGAACUCGUGCCCCUCUCCGGCCCUGAUUCCCAAUGCCGUUACCACCGGCAACAGCACUGUGGCAAAGAAUGUUUCCUGCUUGCCUGGCUACACCCUGGCCACCAGUUCACCACCGGUGAUUUACUGCCAAACUAACCAGACAUGGACAUUCUCUGCCUGCGAGGAGUAUACGUAUUGUGACCCGCCGGCUCCAGAGUCAAACAAGCGAAAUUUCGCGUACGUCAAUGGUAGUUACUCUCGCGGCACAGCAGAAUGCAACAGUGGUUACAGUUUACAAGGCGACUUGCCAAUGAGGUGUCAGGGUGGCAACCGAUGGAGUACAGUGUGUGUAGAGAACUCGUGCCCCUCUCCGGCCCUGAUUCCCAAUGCCGUUACCACCGGCAACAGCACUGUGGCAAAGAAUGUUUCCUGCUUGCCUGGAUACACCCUGGCCACCAGUUCACCACCGGUGAUUUACUGCCAAACUAACCAGACAUGGACAUUCUCUGCCUGCGAGGAGAACUCGUGCCCCCCUCUGGCCCCGAUUCCCAAUGCCGUUACCACCGGCAACAGCACUGUGGAGAAGAAUGUUUCCUGCUUGCCUGGCUACACCCUGGCCCCUGGUUCACCACCAGUGAUUUACUGCCAAACUAACCAGAAAUGGACAUUCUCUGUCUGCGAGGACAAUUGCAACUACUUUAACGUCACGUGUCCUCAGGCUGAGCAAUGCUUAAGCACCUCAGGGUCCUACACAUGCUGCAAGCUCGGCUAUGGACUCGAUGCACAGGGGAAAUGCGCUCAAAACGUUUGCGGUGCAUUCAAAGGACAACCUAAUACCGUCUACACCAGGGUCAGCAACGUGGCCAAGAAUGUGUCUUGCCUCCCGGGCUUUCGUCUUGCGCCUCACAGCCCAUCAACCAUCUACUGUGAUGGCACUAACUGGACACUCUCUUCCUGCACAGAUAUAGAUGAAUGCGAUGUACAACCACUCCCCUGUGAGCUGAGUAGAUGUGUCAAUGACGUGGGAACGUACCAAUGCUGCCCUCUCGGCUAUCGCAAGAAUAUAUCUCUGCCGACACGCUGUGGAGAGAACUCGUGCCCUCCUCCGGCCCCGAUUCCCAAUGCCGUUACCACCGGCAACAGCACUGUGGAGAAGAAUGUUUCCUGCUUGCCUGGCUACACCCUGGCCACCGGUUCACCAACAGUGAUUUACUGCCAAACUAACCAGAAAUGGACAUUCUCUGCCUGCGAGGAGAACUCGUGCCCCCCUCCGGCCCCGAUUCCCAAUGCCGUUACCACCGGCAACAGCACUGUGGCGAAGAAUGUUUCCUGCUUGCCUGGCUACACCCUGGCCACCGGUUCACCACCGGUGAUUUACUGCCAAACUAACCAGAAAUGGACAUUCUCUGCCUGCGAGGAUAUUGAUGAAUGCGCUGGGCCCACGAGCGACAACUGCAGCCUGGCAUCAAUGUCAUGCUUCAACACUCCCGGCUCCUUCGCGUGCUGUAGUCCUGGCUACCAACCAUUCCAAUCAGCUUGCGCCGAAGAGUACGAAGACAAUCUUCUGAUACUUGAUCCAGUCAAUUAUCCGGCAAUGAAUUUUUCCGGGGCCGCUUCAUUAUGUUCUCAGCUAGGGUUAGCGAUACCAAGUAGAACGGAGGAAAAAGAUAUGAUUGUCCAGGCAGCCAACAAUUUGACAAUCAGUGACUUUGUGUGGUUCCGGAUGUUUGCUGAGCCAUUCGGGCUGAGACGGGUAUUCCUUGCCCAAGCUACUGCGUCCCACGAAGAUUUGCAUAAUGUUGCCUGUGCAAGAUAUACUGAAUGCGCAUCUGGUUGUGGCCAGAAUGAACACUGCUCCAAGGACGGGUCGUGUGAAUGUACUUUGCCCUACUAUAGAGCUGACAACGGGUCUUGCCAACGUUCAUUCCACGAUCAAGCGCAUUGUGUGAACACUACGUUACGCAUUCCACCGGGCUAUUUCUUUGAGCCGGUGACGUUAUCGGACGCCCAGAACAUGUGCCGGGCGUCCGGAAUGGAAUUGCCCACGACGAAAAAGCUAUUUGAAAACCAUGUUGUGGCUGUUUGCCUCUACCUCAUGGUGCAGAAAUACAGGUUUGCACUUUCCAGCGGGCCCUCCGCCACAUCGACCGGUGUUUUCAUACACACCACGCACGCCAUCUCCGGUGACAUUUUUACUAGUUACUACUUGUCCGGCCAAUGGAACUUGCUUAAUACACGAUCUUCACACCACCGUGUUAUCUGCGCAGAGUAUACGUAUUGUGACCCGCCGGCUCCAGAGUCAAACAAGCGAAAUUUCGCAUACGUCAAUGGUAGUUACUCUCGCGGCACAGCAGAAUGCAACAGUGGUUACCGUUUACAAGGCGACUUGCCAAUGAGGUGUCAGGGUGGCAACCGAUGGAGUACAGCGUGUGUAGAGAACUCGUGCCCCCCUCCGGCCCCGAUUCCCAAUGCCGUUACCACCGGCAAGAGCACUGUGGAGAAGACUGUUUCCUGCUUGCCUGGCUACACCCUGGCCCCCGGUUCACCACCGGUGAUUUACUGCCAAACUAACCAGAAAUGGACAUUAUCUGCCUGCGAGGAUAUAGAUGAAUGCGAUGUACAACCACUCCCCUGUGAGCUGAGUAGAUGUGUCAAUGACGUGGGAACGUACCAAUGCUGCCCUCUCGGCUAUCGCAAGAAUAUAUCUCUGCCGACACGCUGUGAAGAAAACGUUUGCGGUGCAUUCAAAGGACAACCUAAUACCGUCUACACCAGGGUCAGCAACGUGGCCAAGAAUGUGUCUUGCCUCCCGGGCUUUCGUCUUGCGCCUCGCAGCCCAUCAACCAUCUACUGUGAUGGCACUAACUGGACACUCUCUUACUGCACAGAUAUAGAUGAAUGCGAUGUACAACCACUCCCCUGUGAGCUGAGUAGAUGUGUCAAUGACGUGGGAACGUACCAAUGCUGCCCUCUCGGCUAUCGCAAGAAUAUAUCUCUGCCGACACGCUGUGAAGAUAUAGAUGAAUGCGAUGUACAACCACUCCCCUGUGAGCUGAGUAGAUGUGUCAAUGACGUGGGAACGUACCAAUGCUGCCCUCUCGGCUAUCGCAAGAAUAUAUCUCUGCCGACACGCUGUGAAGAAAACGUUUGCGGUGCAUUCAAAGGACAACCUAAUACCGUCUACACCAGGGUCAGCAACGUGGCCAAGAAUGUGUCUUGCCUCCCGGGCUUUCGUCUUGCGCCUCGCAGCCCAUCAACCAUCUACUGUGAUGGCACUAACUGGACAUACUCUUACUGCACAGAUAUAGAUGAAUGCAAUGUACAACCACUCCCCUGUGAGCUGAGUAGAUGUGUCAAUGACGUGGGAACGUACCAAUGCUGCCCUCUCGGCUAUCGCAAGAAUAUAUCUCUGCCGACACGCUGUGAAGAAAACGUUUGUGGUGCAUUAAAAGGACAACCUAAUGCCGUCUACACCAGGGUCAGCAACGUGGCCAAGAAUGUGUCUUGCCUCCCGGGCUUUCGUCUUGCGCCUCACAGCCCAUCAACCAUCUACUGUGAUGGCACUAACUGGACACUCUCUUCCUGCACAGAUAUAAAUGAAUGCAGAGUACAACCACUCCCCUGUGAGCUGAGUAGAUGUGUCAAUGACGUGGGAACGUACCAAUGCUGCCCUCUCGGCUAUCGCCGGAAUAGAACUCUGCCGACACGCUGUGGAGAGAACUCGUGCCCCCCUCCGGCCCCGAUUCCCAAUGCCGUUACAACCGGCAACAGCACUGUGGAGAAGAAUGUUUCCUGCUUGCCUGGCUACACCCUGGCCCCCGGUUCACCACCAGUGAUUUACUGCCAAACUAACCAGAAAUGGACAUUCUCUGUCUGCGAGGAUGUCGAUGAGUGUUCGAAUGCCGCUAAGCACUGUCAAGUGCCAGCAUCCUGCAGCAACACAAUGGGAUCAUACACGUGCACGUGUGCAAGUGGCGUCACCGGCUGCUAUGUUGAUCUGAAGACACCUGGCAAACUGAACUCGACGAACUUGGUGGCUCCCAUUGCCGGAUCUAUCGCUGCCGCUGUAAUUGUACUUAUUGUGGUGGCCUUCGUAGUACUGCGACGUCGCUCGCGGAGAUCUGGCAGCGCGGAGGUGAGGAAGCCAUUCACGCUGCUCACGGGAAUGCUCAGCACGUCCAUGCUCCUAAGGACCCCAAUGUCUCCCGUGCUGAACAAGGGGCCGGGCGCAACCUCCGACACGAGAGCUAGCGUAGAGCGGUCGCCAAAUCAGGAGGCAGCCUGCUCCUUGUCCAGCGAAUACACCAGCGUAUACGCGAGCAAAAACGCCUGGCACCGGGGACCAUCGUGCGGCGAUGAUGAGUCCAGCUCCGAGACCAGCAGGUACGCCAGCAAAGCCGCCCAAGAAAAGGAAUCAUGCGAGGAGGAGGAGAACUUCGACGAGACCAACAGAUACGCCAGCCCCAAACUGAUUAGAAAAGAAUACUCGUGUUAGAAUUCCAUGUUACUUGCAGAAUGUACGUAGAGAGCAGACAAAAAUGAUUUCACCCCCCCCCCCCCCACACACACACACAAACAAGCAGACGCACUCCCUCGGUCCGUGUAUGCACAUGCUUGUUGGCCGCGCCAUUGCAUUCACCUGAACACCAUGCAUGACGUCACGCAAGCGCCUACUUACUAGUACUGGUCAUCAGUAGCUAGUGGCCAGUGAGUUUGGCUGAAUACUGUCCAGACCUGCAGCUCUGCUUUGCUCUGAUAAUGUGUAUGCCGAGUUGACCUCUGCUGAUGGCCUUCUACCUACCAAAAUGAUCUAUCAUAAUAAUAGCAAGCCAUAAACAUUUUUUAUUUAUUUAUGUACCCUUGAUAAGUAUGAGAAAUCUCCGUCUUUUUUAAAUCCCUUUUAAUAUUGUUGCAGCUCUGUUUUAGUCUGAUACUUUGAUACAGUCUCUUCCUGUGGCUCCCUACACAUAUUGUCUCAUAAGGUAAUGA